UUCAUGUUUUCUAACUGAUCCCAUAGAGUCCAGUUUCGUGGAUUUGACCUAGGUGCCACAGUCGAAGUAUGAUUGGUCAACAUCAAAGGCCUGGUUGUAGUUUCUCUCUUGAACGCCACAGAAAACCAGCCAGCAUCUAUCUUAUCAGGACUUGACUGUGAAUCAUUGGAUAUCUGAAUAGAUGUUGACCCAAGGUGAUCGGACAUGGCUAAGUCCAAAGGAAAACCAAAGAGACAGAGGGAAUCACUUCCAGAAGAAAACCCUACAUCAACUGAGGGUGCAGUGAAAGCUAAAAGAGCAAGAACAAGUGCUGACAAGGGCAGGUCAAGUAAUGUGGCUCCUAUUGUUGACAAAUCAACAUUUGGAAAGAUGGUAAUGGAUGCUGGAUUCUGUCUUAUUGCUGGAGAUCAUCCUAAUCAACUCAAUGUAGACCAGGUGAUGUUUCAGAAAAAGCUGAGGAAAUCAGUCAAGUCUAGGAUGAAUGUAGGAGAGACAGUUGAAGAUUUUAUAUCAGGUCUCCAAAAUCAUAUUGAGGAUCCAGUCAGGUUCAAAUACAGUCUUCUCCCAACUUGCUCCUCUGCUGAAUGUGAGAGCGCCAGGGGAGGGAAUCAGGAUAGUCUCAUCAGAUUGAUUCUUGCCAUUGAUGAACUACAGCCUGCUCUGGUCAAUAUGUUGCUUGAAAAGCUGCCUGAAUUUAUGGGAGAAGAAGAUAGCAUGUUUGACUACAGUGAGGCCGUUGACUUACCUAAACUUAUUCUCAACCAGUUUCAUUGGAUGGACAAUGUUAUCAACAGCAAGGAGAUGACAGAUAAGAUGCUUGAGAUGGUAGAGAUAUCGUCACCAUCGGUCCAGAGAGAGAUCAUUGCUUGUGUUCCAGAAGUAGUUAGUGAUCAAGAACAUAAUGAGCUAGCUAACAGAUUGAAAAAUAUGUUAGAAUGUAAUUCUCAGCUGACUGUACCAAUCAUUGAUGCCUUGGAUAACCUCAACUUAACUCCAGAACUUCUUAGAGAGGUUCGGGGUUCAGCUCUACAGAGUCUUGUAUCUGCUGAUCUAGAUGACUUACCUGUUGUUAUCAAGUUUAUUCUCCAGUCUGUGUCUUCUACUGACUCUUUGGAGGUUAUCAGUGAACUAAGAAGGAACUUGGAUUUCCACACAUCUCUUCCACCAUCUUCCGCAUCUACACCCUUUGCGAGAUCAUCUACCUCAGGGAAUGCAUCAAGUCAUAAGAAGACUGUUGAUAGCGAGAUGCUGAUCCUAGAAACCAUUAAAUCAACCAUGAGAUUCAACAAAGUAUUAGCAGAUGGAUGGCAGAAGGCUAUUGAGAAUGUAUCAGAUGCAGUCGGUCACAAGGUUCUUGAUAUAUUUGUACUUCUCAUAUCUCAUGCUGUGGCCAAUAGAAAGAAAUCUGUUGAAGCAGUCUUCAGACAUAAAGUACGCAAAGGACACUUCACAGAAGAAUUGCUUCAAGCAACAUUCACAUCACAUGCCCAGGUGAUAAGAGAUUAUUUAGGAUCAUUGCUGUGUAUUGCAGAGAAACUAUUGAGAUCGCCUGAGCCUCAAGUCAGUCAGUUUGGAUCGAAGGUCUAUCAAACAGCAUUCAAUGCAUUUGAUGUAUAUAGUAAACAGGAGGUUGUAGGAGCAUUGGUAACACACAUUGGCAGUGGUUUAUCAGAUGAGAUGGAUUCAGCGCUUGACAUUCUCUCUUAUCUUGCAGCAUCCCAUACCAAGGAUCUUGCACCUUUUGCUGUUUUCAUCAAAGGUGUUCUUGACUACCUAGAUAACUUAUCAAUGACCCAGGUCAAGAAACUCUUCUCAGUUCUAGCUAUCUUAGCAUACAGAGGAGGUAGCUCUGGAUCUACACUCCAAGAUGAGUUGCAGAUUGUUGUCCGUAAGAAUCUAACAAGCAAUAGUCCCAAGUACAAGCGCAUGGGAGUGGUAGCUGCCCUAAUGGUUAUACAGAACAUGGCUAGGAAAGGGAUUGAUUCUGGGAGUGGUAAGCAAGCUCUAGCAUCAUUACCUCAGGAUAUCUUCAAGCAAGUGAUAGGUCUUCUUGAUCUGGUCAAAUCAAGCUGUGGUCAAGCACCCGAGGCUGCAGCUCUAUUCUUUGAUGAAUUGGCAAACAUUGUUCAGAAGGGUGACUUACAUCCUAAGAUACUGGAAACUGUUGGUGAGAACAUCCUUGAUGAUUUUCAAACAGACUUUGUGGUUGAUAUUGAAGCUGAAGCCACCACUGUGAAUUAUGGCUUACCAAUGGGUGAGAUGUACAGUAUGGAGGGGGAGGAGUCACAAGGAGGUGUGGCCAUCAAUCUCCUCCCACUUAUUUACAAGGCAGAGAAAGACAAACAGAAGACUGUUGCUCAAAAUAAGAAGGCACAAAGAUGCGUCUCCCCAGCCUGUCUGGCCCCGCAUUUCCGUUUACUUCGUUUCUGUGAGCAAGCUCAACAUGAUGGUAGCUUAGAAGGGAUUGAUGCUCUCCUUGGUUGUCCUCUAUACUCAUCUAAAGAUGACCUGGUUGCUAAGAUACACUCACUAUCCAAACAAGAGAAAGAACUCAUGUCUACCAAUCUAUUCCUCUGCAUCAACUGGUUCCGUGAGGCAAUCAAUGGUUUUGCAACCCUUCAAGACCCAGAGAUGAGAGGCAAGGUGUUAGGAAGACUACAGAACAUCACCAGACUACAAGAACUCUUAGAAACAUGUCUUGAAGCUACUCCAGGUUUCAUUCCUCCUGUUGCUCAUUUUGAUUGUGAGCAGCCUCAGACGAGUCCAUUAAUGACAGCACAGAAUUCAUCAUCAUCAAGUAAAGGUGGCAAGAAAGGAAGGAAACCUAAAGAUGAUAAAAAGAAAGGAGAUGAAGAUACAAGUGAAAGCACAGUCCUGACAGAAUAUGACUACGUCUCACAGGAGAAUAACAAACCAAAUGAUACCACAAUGGCUGAUCCUAUGAAGGAAGGAUCUAAGAAGAGUAACAAGGAUACACCUAUCAUUGACUGGUCUAGGUCUAGAGCAUUCUUUCGAGAGCUGGAUUUAGAUGUUUUCUCUGUUCUUGGUUGUGGGCUCGUAUCAAGGACUAUACUAGACACAGAGAUGAAUACAAAGGAGGUACAUGUCUUGCAGCUUCAACCUCGUGAGUUAGAGUUUCUCCUUCAAGAUCUCAAUAGCAAACUAGACCACGCCCUUCCUGCCUCACUUGGAAGGAGGACAUUUCUAAAGUCUAAAUGGGACAAGACGAUUGGGUUCUCACACUUGGACCAGCUCAGCCCAAAACAAGUGGCCAAGAAAGCUGUCAAAAUGUUGCCCUUGCUCUGCCAGCAUCUAGAGGCAACCAGUGGAUUCUUUCAGACAUUGAUGGCUCAGAAUGAUGGUAUGAUAGAUGGUCCAGGAUGGAAUACAGAAGAAGCUCAUCAGAUGGGACGAUGUCUUCAUCUCUUACUCCAAGCCCUUCUUGCUCUCUUCUCAUGGAGUGGCUUUGUGUCAUCAGUAAAUCAAUCUAUCUUUGAGGAAGCAAUGGCUACUCUCAGCUCUCGUAUUGCUGAUGCUGGCAAGACUUCCUUUACCUUCACUCAAUCUCUUAAACAUGCUGCUCAUUACAUAGAGAAUUUCUCUGGUACUGUACCCAAUCUUGCCAUCGGUGUAACUAUCCUUAAAGUCAUGGUUAGCAUCAACAACAAAGGAUCUACACCUGCUGCUAACAAGAAAAUAGCAACCCUAGCUGAAUCUUUGUUGAAGAGAGAUUGGUUAGAUGAAGACGGUGUUCGAGAGAAAGGAGCCAAAUACAAUGAGCUUCUUCAGACAGUUAUUGAGAUCUACUUGCAUCAUAGUGAAGAUUCUUUAUCAUCUGUUGAGAUGCUAUGUACAGAAGCAUUACCUGAACUUGAUCCAUCAGAUAAGAACGUAGCAUCAGCUCUCUUCCCAACCCUCAAUAGGAACACCCUAAGCUGUUACUACCAUGUUAUGUUGAAGGAGUUAGUUUCCUGCGUCCAGCGAUUACAGCCUUCUAUGAGGAAAUCACCUGAUGUCCAGGGUGAGACCUUUGACCGUUGGAGAUCAUCGGUCAAAGUCUUCUCUGCUCUGGUCAAUGUCAUCAAAGUGUUUGAUCUUAGGAACAAUAUCAAGACACUACUUAAGUAUGGUAGAAUGUUCCUUGAUAUCUUCCUACGUCAUGCAAUGCCUCUCCUUGAUAAGUUGUUCAGAAUUGAGAAAGAUGAUGUACAAGCUCUUCUAAAGAUGCUGCAACAAUGCACUAGAUAUCUACAACACAUCUGUAGCCAUUCAAAGGUUGCCAAGGAUAUUGCCCUGACUAGUCAUGUACCUCAGAUGAAACGUCUCCUUGAGCAAUUUGUCUACAGAGUCAAGGUUAUGUUGACCUUACACAACUGUCAUGAAGCAUUCUGGGUAGGAAACCUCAAGAAUAGAGAUCUCAAGGGAGAAGAGAUUCCAUCUCAGAUAACAAGAGAAGAUGAUAGUGAGGAGGAAGAAGAAGAAGCAGCAAGUAGAUUAGAAUCAUCUGAUGAUAGUGAUGGAGAGAAGGAGGAGAGUGGUGGAGCUAAAGGUAAUGAAUCAGACAGUGAUGGCUCCUGCAGUGACAGCUUCUGAGCUGAUCCAUCAACUCCUUCAACAAUCUCAUGAAGCUUGUCAAGUUAUCAUUCUCUAACAGUUACCAUAGCAACAUUCAGAGACCAGUGCAUCUCAGCCAAUCAAAAGCUGACAAUUUAUUGAGUUCAUUCAUGAAACUCCCACAGGUUAAACUAAUUUCUGAAAAAUCAGAGAUUACAUAUCCCAUGAAGCUUGCUACACAUAACAAGAAGAUACAUAAAGUUUGUCUGUAGUGACAAGAUAAAAACAAAGUGUGGCCUUUAUAGGUAGGAUAGACAGGUUCCUGCUAUAAAAACAAAGUGUGGCCUUUAUAGAUAGGAUAGACAGGUUCCUGCUAUAAAAACAAUGUGUGGCCUUUAUAGAUAGGAUAGACAGGUUCCUGCUAUA